CUUCACCCUCGGCGAUGGCAAAAUUCCUCAGCUCGGUAGUGCCGAUGCCGGACUCGGAUCACCCAGAAGCUGCCUCAGGAUCCCAUAGUGAGAGGCCGCCAGAGCCGAAAGCACUGCAAGGCUGUAGGCCGCAAGCUCCUGACAGUGCAGGUGAGGUGACAUCAUUUUCUGAUAUCGAGUUUCGAUUGGAUCUUCUUUCAGAGCAGGUUGACGCUUGCCUCAGCGAAAUCCACUUGUUGGGCGCGCGAAGUUCGCCUGCAAACCCCAAAUCCGUCCGCUCCACCAUCUGCUCCACCGUCCGCUCAGCAACAUCCCUUCGCCUAUCCAGUUACCGCUUUCGAGGUUCUGAGUUGUCAGCCAUCAUUGACAUCAUGUCUGAAAAGCCUCUACCGGAAGCGGCAACUUCACACCAGCUUGGACGGUUAUCAACCAAUUCUGUUCCGAGCCGAACAGGCAAAGGUGAUGGACAGCGCAACUUGCGGCAGUCGAUCAUGACGAACGCCACCAACACCACCAACGUCACCAACGCGACCGGCAUGACCUUCGCCGAUGCUCGUCGUGACAUUCUCGAUAUGAACGGAGAGGCAGGUUCUGGUCGAAGCCGGCCACAAGCAACGGUGCGCAAAUCAAACCUUGACCCUCAGAUUCCAAGAAAAAGGGGAAUGCCAGUCAGAUCGGUUGACCUCAAAGUGGCUUGGAAGGCCUCGUCUGAUGGUAAGGCACCAGCGGAGGACCUGCCUGGGGAUGUGGCGAAUCCGAUGAUGCGAUUGGUGCAACGGAAUCGCUUUGAAAAGAUCUGGGAGCUGCUGGAAGAUCCUUACACAAGCCGUGCUGCUUGGUUUAUCUCCCUUUUCCUCAAGGUAGCCACAGUGCUUAGCGUAUUGACCCCCAACUUACAGGUCUUUGAGGACCGGGUGCUUGGUCCCGAUUGUGCUGCUGUAAUAGAGACAACAUUUGAUACGCUCUACCUGUUGGAGUUUGGUGCCCGAAUUUUGGUGUGCCCCUUUCGACGUGCAUUCCUCCUAGAUCCUUACAACUGGCCUGACCUGCUGUCUGCAACGGGGUUGUUCUUUCGUGCAAGCAUAGGUUUCGUCAUUCAGACGCCGCCCUCAACAUCAGUGGAAGAAAGUAUUCAAGUGCUGCUUCUCUUUGUUUUGCCAGUGGUGCGCUUUCUGAAGCUCUUGCGAUACUUUGAAUCUUUCCGAUUACUUGUUGAUGCAUGCAGCAACUCGCUUCAGUCCGUACCGGUGCUUAUCUACACGAUGACGCUUAUCCUCCUUAUUACCGCAAACGGCAUUUACUUGGCAGAAGAGAGGAACAAUAUCCCAAGUUUAGCGCAUUCGUAUUGGUUGGCCGUUGUGACGAUGACAAGUGUGGGGUUUGGGGAUUACACCCCGAAGACCGCAUGGGGCUUCAUCAUCGUGGGAGUUCUCACUUUGAUCAGCACCUUAUUUCUGGCCAUGCCAGUUGGCAUUCUUGGCCAAGAGUUUUCCAACUCAUGGGAGAGGAGGAACUAUGUCAUUUUAAUUGCUCGGCUACGGAAAUGCUUGCUGAAGUUGGGCAUCGGAGCCAAAGAUUUGCGGGUACUUUUCGAAUACAUCGACGUUGACGGGGACGGCAUAAUCUCUUUCUUCGAAUUCAUUCAGUUGAUUCAUCAAUUGCGCCUUGGAUUUGCAAUUGAAAACGCAGUGGAAAUAUUCAAUCUGUUUGAUGACGACCGAAACGCCCAGAUUGAUUACAUCGAGUUCUUGCGGCACAUUUUCCCUCACGAGAGCCAAGAGGAUAAAGAACGAACGAGGGAAGUGAUGCAUAAAUCAGAACUACGAGUCUCUGCGGCGCUCGAGCGGCUUUCAGACGCAAAGAGUUCCAGCCACGAAGGAAGCGGACAUCUCAAAAUCGUUCAGAAGUUGUGAAUGACCUCGUUGACAAAAUGCGAAGAACAUGAGCUUGCGGUUUGGUUUUAAUGCAGAGGGGCUGAACCGUCUUUUUGAGUUUCAAAGCGGCUGAAGCCCUCCUUUGAGACCUCGCGGUUUUGAUGCCCCGUGCCCCGAAGGGGUGCAGUCGAUACUGGAAAUGCAGCAGGAAACA